CCGCGCCCCGCCUCUCUUCUCCCAUUAGUGCUUGACUGCAGUGUGGCGGCCAUAUAGGACCACCAAGAUGGCAGCGUCGCCCUUCAGCGGAGUCCUGCAGCUGACGGACCUGGACGACUUUAUCGGGCCCUCGCAGGAUUGCAUAAAACCUCUCAAGGUUGAGAAGAAGCCCGGGAAAUCGACUGCUAAGAUCCGUAUUGAAGAUGAUGGGAAUUAUUUUCAAGUUGACCAGGAUGGAGGAUCACAGAAACUUGAAAAAGCCAAAAUCACCCUGAAUGACUGUCUGGCUUGCAGUGGCUGCAUCACAUCUGCUGAGAGUGUCUUAAUCACACAGCAGAGCCAUGAAGAACUGUUCAAAGUCUUACAGGCCAAUAAGACCUCAGGUUCUGCUCCCCAGAAGUUGGUGGUGGUGUCUGUAUCGCCGCAAUCAAGAGCUUCGCUGGCAGCAAGAUUUGAACUCCCUCCUCUAGACACUGCCAAGAAACUAACAGCCUUCUUUAAAAGAUUAGGGGUGCACUUUGUCUUCGACACCACGUUCUCGAGGAACUUCAGCCUGUUGGAGAGCCAGAGGGAGUUUGUGCGGCGUUUCCAGAGGCGAGCGGAAGAUCAAAGGGCUUUGCCCAUGUUGGCUGCCGCCUGCCCAGGCUGGAUCUGCUAUGCCGAGAAAACCCACGGGAGUUUUAUCAUCCCUCACCUCAGCACCGCCAGGUCGCCUCAGCAGGUCAUGGGUGCCCUCGUCAAGGACCACUUGGCCAAACUGCAGCACUUGACGCCUGACCAGAUCUACCACCUGACGGUGAUGCCCUGUUACGACAAAAAGCUGGAAGCCUCCCGGACGGACUUCUUUGACCAAGAGCACCAGACCCGAGAAGUGGAUUGUGUGAUUACGACAGGAGAAGUUUUGAAGUUGCUGGACCACGAGGGAGUGGCCCUUACAGAUGUCGAGCCCGCCCCGCUGGAUAGCAUGUUUAGCAGCGUUUCCGGAGAGCAGCUCCUUGGGCAUUCUGGAGGAGGUUCUGGGGGCUACCUGGAGCACAUCUAUAAGUAUGCGGCCAAGGAGCUCUUUGGGAUCCAAGUGGAAGAUGUUCACUACAAGCCCCUGAAAAACAAGGAUUUCCAGGAGGUGACGCUGGAGAAAGAUGGCCAAAUCCUGCUGCACUUCGCCCUGGCUUAUGGAUUUCGGAACAUCCAGAACUUAAUGCAGAAGCUGAAGCGAGGGAAAUCGCCGUAUCACUACGUGGAGGUCAUGGCUUGCCCUUCAGGGUGCUUGAACGGAGGCGGCCAGAUCAGGGCCGAAGGCGAGCCCAGCAAGGACCUGCUCCAGCAGGUGGACAGGCUGUACGGGUCGGUGCGGUGCCAGAAGCCCGAGACGGACAGGGCCGUAGAGGAACUCUACGACCAGUGGCUGGGAGGCCCCGAUUCGGAGCAGGCCCAGAAAGCUCUGCACACCCAGUACCAUGCGGUGGAGAAGGCGAAUGCUGGCUUUAAUAUCAAGUGGUGAGGGUGGACAGGCCUGUCACUGUGGGUUUCGCCUCCCUCCCUUGAACACCGCCUGCGGGGCUGGAGAGACCAAUUCGUCCUCGGCAAAGAUGUAGCAAGUGGACCCGUUCGCACCACAUGAUCGGAGUGAGGACUGUGGACCGCCUUCAAAGAGGGCUGGGCGAUGCUUCCGCGACUGGCUCAGGCUGUUUGCGGGGCGUUUUUUGCCCUGUGAAGUUUCCCCUGCCGGGAGCUGCUGUACCUGGACUCUGUGAGAGAGAGAUGGGGUUGGUGGGUGGGCCUGGUCAGCGGAGGGCAUUUCAGCAGCCUUCUGGGCUCCCGUUUAGUUUGGGGCUGAAGCCUGCCUGCCCCCUUGUGUGUCGAGGAGCCAAGCCCGAAGUGGGCGUUCUGUUGGCGCCACCACCUCUUUCCCCUGGCCUCCUGCUUCAGCUGCCUCGAAACAGGGGUGUGUGAUUGCAACUCUAGAGCAAGGCAAGCCCCGUUCGGUGCCUCCUUCCCUUGCUGUCCAGAGCGGAGGCUCCCCUCUGCGUCCCCACCACACCGAAUCCCUGUGUCUUUCAAAGCCCCUUUAUUAAAGUGGUGAAAAGCAAUGGCCGUUAGAGCAAGUUCACAGUGUCGGUUCUGUACCCGCCCACCAUUUUGCAGGCAUAGGAGCCAGGAGCUCAUUCAGUGGUGCGUUUCAAGGUUUGCUCUCGGAAACAACACGUCUUCGCCCCACCUCGGAAUGGGGUCGGGGGGAACCGUGCAGGCCGCCUGCUAGCAACGGUGUGGGCUCCCUUGGUCUUGGCGCAGGGCAGUGCGGUUCAUAUCAGCCGGUGUGGUGGAGGACAGGCCAGGCCAAGAGGUGGGAGAGGCACAGUGUGUCCAGGCCGGCCUCGUGCAAGAGCUUUAAAGGCAACUCAUUCCCCACCCUCUGAUCAGCUGGUCACUUUUUCUCCAGGAAUGGCUCAAAGAGCCCCCACUCAAAGGCCAGCACGGCCUGGGGGUUCAGCCUCUCCUUCGGCUUCCGGAAGCUGUCCUUGGCCUGGCGGAGAGCAGCAAAGACCUCCACGGGGUCAACCUUGCCGGUGAACUUCUGGACGGCUUCUUCUCUGGAACGGCAAAUUGAGUCCCGUUCAGUAUGCAAAGAAACCCGGCCAAGGAGGGGACAAGCCGAAUGGCAAGUCUGCUGGGGGAGCUGCCCCUUGGAGGCUGUCCCUGUGCCCCCCACCCUGGGGGCCACCAGAAAACCUGCACAAGCAAGCCAGGCUCCCCCCCCCCCCAAGGGCCACCACAGGCUUCAUCUGCCCCAACAGUCUUUCCAGGUUCCAGCUUUCCAAAUAGAUUCCCCACCACAUGGAAACUAACUGCAUAGGGUCCUCUGGAACAGGCAGCCACAACUCCUUCAGCCUCUUUUGGCCCUGCUUCUGUGGUCACUGGCCUCCCCCAACCCCAUGUGUCACAUCAGGAAUGCCCCUUGCUAGAUCACGCAAAGCUCUGGGGUUCCGUGCCUCCCUGCGUCAGCUGUGGAGUGCAAAAGUAUAAAGGGGGAAGCUGGUUGUGCCCUCUAAGCCUGGCGACUUCAACCAUGGCUCCCUGGAUGCCAUGGACUACAACUCCCAUCAUCCCCAGCCUUUGGCCACUGUGGUGGGGGAUGAUGGGAGUUGUAGUCCAUGGCAGCUGGGGACCCACAUUUGAGAAGCCCUGCUCUGCCCUGGGGGCUGAAGGGCAGAGGCGAGCCUGGUUGUACGCACACAGAUCCUAAGUUUGUCUGGGUCCUAAGCGGCACUAUGAACCAGACGGGAAAUCUCUACCCUUCGAGGGCACACUCACGAGACCCGCAGGAAAGGGUUGUAGAGGAACUCCUCUGCCAGUGUGGAAGGCACCGUGGGCAGGUCUUCGUCCUCUCGCAGCUGCACAAAAACCAGAGGCAGCUUUUUAAAGAAGAUGAAAACCCUCCUUGGAGCAUGGUCGAGCCUGCUCAGAUUCACUUGGAGGGGCUAGCAGAAGCCGCUCCCUCUCAGGCUUAGGAGAGGAAGAGGCAUGCUCCCAACUCUCCCCACCACACCCCUGUCAAUACAGCAAGCGAAGGAUUCACAUUGGCCCUCUUUAGGGGUACUCAAAGGUGGGCUCCAGACAGUGUUUACAAGGGAGGAGAGCUGGUCUUAUGGUUGCAAGCACGACUUGUCCCCUUUGCUGAGCAGGGUCUGUCCUGGUUUGCUUUGGAAUAGGAGACCACACGUAUGAGCACUGUCAGAGAUUCCCCUGAGAGGUGAGGCUGCUCUGGGAAGAGCACCGCUUGCUUGCAUGCAGAAGGUUCCAAGAUAGGGCUGAGCGAGAGACUCCUGCCUGCAACCUUGGAGAAGCCACUGCCAGCCUGUGUAGACAAUACUGAGCGAGAUGGAAAAGUGGUCUGGCUCAGUAUAUGGCAGCUUCCCAUGUUCCUCUUGUUGGACUACAACUCCCAAGGGCCUUCAGCCAUUGUGGCUGGAGUUGGGAGACCCAAGGCUGAGAAUCCCCCAAAUUAACUAUCAUAUCAGUGCUUCCCCUCAUUUCACUGCACACAGCCAGUCUCUGAAGGAGAGGAGCACCAACCCCUGUUCAUCAACAGCCCUGGCGCCUGCGUGCAGACGACAGUGCACCAGGAAGAGCUGUGAGUGUGUCCCGAGACCACAACUGUGCAUUCGCCCUCCCUCCAUUGCGUAUGGAUUCCAGGAGGAUCACGGCAAGGAUCAACAGAACCACUUACUUUGGCCCAAGCCAGUUUGUCUUUCACCAUUUCGCUCUCUGGCUCCACUUUCAGAGCAAACUUCAAGUUCCGGGCGGUAUACUCGUGUCCGCAGAACACCUUCUGGAAGGCAAAAGCUCCUUUCAGCUCGCAGAAGCCGAUCAUCUUGGGACCCGCUGCUGCUCUGUCCCAGCCAAGUUUCAGAAAUGGCUGCUGAUCUGGCUUUCUUCUCUGCCGUUCAGACUGGGAUCACUUGCCCUUGAGCUGCUGCCUCGGCAUUAAUCGACAAUACUAUUUUCCCCGCACUGUGCUCUGCAUUUGUGGCCGCUCUGUUAUUUCUGCUAGCCGUGAUUUUAUCAUUGGGCUGUAAGCCGAUCUGGCAUAGCCAGUUCCUUGCCCCGCCCUACCCUUUCCUCACCCACUGUCAACAUUUGGAGUGUAAGCUCCUUGGGGCAGGGCCUUCUGGCCCACACUCCUCUGGAAAGAGCGAAAUGGGUACGGAUGGCGUCCAUACUCACCGACUCCUGGGGCAGUGUGCCCAGCACCUCCGUUAGGCUCUUGUACAUCUGCUCGGCUGUCCCCUCCAGGAUCCUCCCACAGCCCCCGACAAAUAAGGUGUCACCUGAGGGAGGUGGUGGUGUUGGGGAGAACAGAUGCUCUCAAAACCAAAUGGGAGCCCACAACACAAGAAACAAGCCAGCUGUUGCUCAAACAUCCUCACCAGAUGCCUGCCCAGAUUUUCUGCAACAGAUUUUUGCAUGCACCACACCCAGAAGACCUCCCUCUCCUCUGAGCAGGCUUCAUAUUACAUAAAAACAGCCCACGUGGGUUGCCAAGACCACGAAGCUCCUUCCCACGCCCAACAGAAGUGUGGCACUGCCAUGGGAAAUCGCUACACAAUCUGUGCUUGCAUGAUGCUUUCCAUGAAACACGGAGGAAACUGUCAAUACUGAGUAUUCGAUACCACCCCACUUUUUCCUAUUGCUGAAUUGUGCCUAACUCCCAGAAAAGUCUUUUGGCUAAAACGAUCCCUUUAGAAAAGCCCAAAGGUUCUCAAACUUGAGUCUCCACCAGAUGACACUGGACAACCCCCCACAAGCCCCAGCCACAUGGCCUCGGGUGAUGUGAUGGAGUUGCCCAACAUCCGGGGACCCAAGUUUCAGAAUCCGUGUUCUAAGAGUCGUCAAGCAGAUGUGCCUAACGGCCUCCGAGAGCAAGGGUUCUCGAACUUGGCUCCCACAUCUGCACCUACAAGCCCAGUGCGGUCUGAACCAAAGGUCGCCUUUGAAAUGUUGGCUUGGGUGCCAAACUUAGGGGCAUGCUUGCCAUUUCCAGCAAUCUGGCAGACAGAUGCAUGGCUUUGAAAAUAAACGGGAUAGGAGCAGCCAUGCUGGCUCUGUAGGAGCUAUUAAGCACAUCCACAGGCGCAGAUUCGGCAAAGCAGGACCUUUGGCACAUGCUGGUUCGGGCCCACAAACGGGGAUUCCCCCCCCCCAAAUUUAAGCCAUGGCAAAAAUGCCCCCAAUUUGUGAGCAUGUGGCGAGGGUUGUUGAAUCUGUGCUUGCCUUGCAGGCAUGGCUAUACUUUGCAACUCUUCAAAAAGCCUCCUGACUAUGCACAGCCCCUCUUUUUCUAACCCACUGUAUUUCUGUUGGGGCUGGGGAGACAGACCUGUGAAGGCGGCCGGGGCAUCCAGAGAGUCCUCUUCCCACACGAAGUAGCAGACGUGGUCCAGAGUGUGGCCAGGAGUGAGGAGGCAUCUCACGUUGAUGCUGCCAAACUGCCAGAGGGAAACAAGGAACCCACCCCCACCCCCUGUGUGUGAGCAAGUGCUGUGAGGGCUGCUGACCACACCUGUACCUCUGCAGCAUAAAGCCGCCCGCACCCAGUUGGCCUGUGUUCAGCCAGCACUUGCUUAGAGUUUAAAAGUUUCUGAGCAUAUCACGCCGGUGCUUCAUCAGCUGCACUGGCUCCCAGUCCGUUUCUGGGCGCCAUUCAAAGUGCUGGUUUUAACCUUUAAAGCCCUAAAUGGCUUGGGAGGGACCAGGUUGCCCGAGAGAGCACCUUGCCCCAUAUGUCCCGACCCGAACCUUAAGAACUUCUCCUGCUCCAAGUGCCGCUGCCAAACGAGGUGAGGCAGGUGGCCACUAGGGAGAGGGCCUUUUGGGUGGUGGCACCUCGUUCAUGGAACAGCCUCCCCAGCGAGGUUCGCCUGGCACCAUCCCUUUUAGAUGCCAGAUGAAGACCUUUUUGUUCACUCUGGCUUUUAAAAUUCUGAUUUUGUUUGUAUUUCUUGUAUAUUGGUCUACGACCAUAAUAAAGUUCUGUUCUGUUCUAAAAUUCUGAUUUUCAGAUCUGAUUUCUAACUAAUUUUAAAAUGAGUUUUUAAACUGCUCUGUAUUGUAUUUUGUAUUUUCUUUCCCCACUUUUUUGUCUGUUAUGAUUUAAUGUGUUAUGUGAUUUAAUGUGUUAUGUUUUAAUCCUGUGUUGUGAGCCACCCAAAACAAUUUAAGGGGCAGCUAACCAAUAAAGUUUAUUUAUUAAUUAUUAUUAUUUUACAGUCA